GGCGUAAGUUCUCCGGCCCCCCUUCACCGUGUUUUUCAGUCUAUCUUGUAGCGAGUUGAAGCACGAAGAACAUGGUCGCAGCUCUCAAUUUGCUAACAUGUACCGUGCUAGAUUGCUGCCUGUGCGCGAACGAUAAUUUCGACCUUUGCCAAGCCUGCUAUUCCAAUGGCUCGAGAUGUCUAUCGCCUUCCCACGACAUGGCCCUGCUACAACCAGCCAUGAAUCAAGACCUAUCUCCAGAGACACCUAUCAUAAACUUGUAUCCAAAUUGGGAAAAUGAAACCGUCCAAUUUGUCACACGUUCCCAACUCUCUGGUGGAAAGUACACGUUAUUUGGGUGUGACCACUGUGGAGAGGCAAUACGCCAAGGUAACUGCUAUCGUAAGUUUCCUCCCACAGCUUUCAAAGGUCCUUGCAACUGAUGUUACAUGCAGAUUGUUUCCAUUGCGGAAACUAUGAUUCCUGUAAAAAAUGCUACAAAGAUGGUUCCAGCUGCGGGGUUACAAAUCACGUCCUCGCGGCGCUUGUCUGCGCAGUCGACUGCUCAACUCAUCGGUAUUGGGUCAGUGACUGCCGAUGGUCCGAGGGCAUGUCUUCUGCAAAACAAUGCAGUUGUUGCUACGAGAUGGUCAACCAAGGGCGAUACUACCGUAAGUAACUAC